GCGGCAGUCUCUCACUCGGUCCGCGAACGUAAUGCCGGCACAUCGUCGUCUUCUCGUUCCGUCGCUCGCGUGAUCCCGCUAAAACAAUAACACACCACAGACUAAUAUUAUUUUUCAUUUUUUUUCAUUAGUUUUUUCGUUUCGUCGACAACUCGCGCGGUUCGUACACUAAGCGUUCUACUACAUACCACAGUCUACUAUAAUAAUCCGUCGCCAAUAUUUUUUUUUUCAUUUUCGUUCGGUUUUUUGAUUUUAAUUUUUCUAAUUUAAAUUUUUAAAUAUUUUUUUCAAUCAUCUGCUGGACGCAGUGUUGGUGAAAAAUCGGACAACGUUGCAGUUUACUCUAGCUGUCGGCUGUGACCACAAAACGCUGUCAACUAUAUAAUAUUAUAAUUAUCCAUCAGUCGAGUGAUCCGGUUGAUGCGCGAAGGAAGGGGACCGCCAAUCGGAGCCGGCUAUGUCAUCUGAGGAGGACGGCGGCAACCACGGAACGACGGCGGUGGCGGGGGGCGCGGAGUGUUUCGUCGGCGGUGUCGGCGGCGGCGGUAUCGGUGGUGGGGGUGAUCCGUUGGACGGUUCGACCGACAAACUGUUGAAGAACAAGGCGAAGCGGAGCAGACAGCGCGUGGAUGCCGGCGAGCCACGUAACAGCUACUCGUCAAUACCGAAUUUCAGUUCGCGACCGAUCGUGUCCUCGGCACCACUGCUCAACCAGGCCGCCAGCUUCUACGGAGCGUUUUUCGGCCAAGGCCACCAGCAGUACUUCUUCAACCAGGGCUUCGCGCCCGGUAAAAUGCUAAACGAGUUCAUCGGCCGUCAAGUCAAAGAAGAAAUGGUGACCAUGGACUCGUCCGAUUGCUUGACACAGCCACUGCCCGGUCUGCCCGGUUCGCCGGCCACCGGUCCCAACAGCGAGUUGGCCCAUCACAUGCUCCGCGACAUACUGCAGGGCAGGAAAAAGGAGCUGCUCGCGCUCGAACAGGAGUUCCGCAACUCCGACGACCCGUCGUCGCCGGACAACAGCAUCAUGAACAACAACAACAACAUCAACAGUAAUAAAAACGACAUCAGCGGCGCGGACGACUGUUCCGCCGCUGCCACAGCCGCCAAGAAUUUGCAGGCCGCCGCGGACAUCGUGGACAACUGCAGCGGCGGCAAGCCGGUCGACCCGGCCGAGGUAAGCUCAGUUAACAAUUUUAUUAACAACAACAACAAUAACGCGGUGACCAAUGAUCACGACGCGGACGACAUAAACGACUGUACCGACUCCGAGAGGUCACUGGGCUCGCCCGUGUCCGAAACCAAAGAGAUCGCGGCUGAGGAGCACAGCAAAGACUUCGAGGUGAAAGUCGAACAAAACGAGUUGAAAAAAGCUAGGGUCGAAAAUAUCGUGUCCACCAUGAGGUCCAGUCCUUCGUUGCCCGUGCAGGUCAACGGYUGCAAGAAACGCAAACUGUACCAUCCGCAGCAGCACGACAACAGCGAGCGGUACAACGCGAUGGACGUGGACGACGACGACAACGAAGACGACGACGAAGAACUCAGUCCCAACGAGCUCAGACAGAAAAUGGUCGAGAAAAACGUAUUGAAAGACCAACUGCGCACCAUGCAGGAACAGUUGGCGGAAAUGCAACACAAGUACGUGCAACUGUGCACCAGAAUGGACAACGACGACGAGCCCGAGGACGGCAGCGACGCCGAACAGGAACAGGCGGAAAUCUCGGCGGCGAGCCACAGCCCGCCGAUGGCCCCGAAAUGCACUACGCCGCUGCCGAUGAUGCCCUCGUCCGCUCAGCAGAUCAAUCCGAACUUCUCGAAAAUGGUCAAAUUCCUGCCUCAGACGCACAUGCCCAUACACCCGUCGUUCAACGGGGCGCUGACACUGCUCCAGCAGCAAGUGCUCCAGGAACAGCACAACACUCACAACCACCACGCAAUCAACAACGCGGCGGCCAUGUACCUUCAGGGCGUCGGCCACAAACUGUUCAUGGAACAGGAAGCCAGGCUGGCCAAAGAAGCCGCGAUCGCAGCCGAACAGCAACUACACCAGCAACAACAGCAGCAACAACAACAGUUGCAACAGCAGCAACAACAACAACAGCAACAGCAACAACAACAACAACAACAGCAACUACAGCAGCAGCAGCAACAACAGCAGCAGCAGCAACAGCAGCAUCAGCAGCAUCAGCAACACCACCACCAACACCACCAAAUGAACGUGCCACCACCCAUGCACCCGCAGAAGGCGGCCUCGGCCGAGACGCCCGAGAAAAUCGCCGCGGUGCCCGGGUCCGGCCGUCAGCCACCCACGACCACGCCGCCGUUCCCRGACCUCGACCUGUUGGCGGACGCGCUCAAGUCCGAGAUAUCCACCACACUGACCGGACUCAUCGACACGAUCAUGGCCAAAUUCACGCAGCAGCAACAGCAGCGCAAGUCGUCGUGCAAGACGGCUGCGGAUGCGGCCGACAUGCAGCUGAUGACGGCGUGCAAGGACGUCGACCGCAAGUCGCCCCGGACCAAAGUCAUCGACCGCGGCAGUAGCCACGGCGCCGACCGCAACUCCGGUCUGGUCAACGGCCUGUCGAAGAUGAUGAACGGCGUUGGCGGCGGUGGCUACGGCGCCGCCAACCAGGUGCCGGUGACGGCCGGCGGUAACGGCGGCGGCGGUAACGGUCUACUGCAGAUGGCCAGCAACGGACCGACCGAGAUGAGAAACGGUCUGGUCAACACGGCAUGCGGGGCGGCUGCCAACCUGUACAACGGCGCGGACGCGGUCGCGGCCGCCGCAGCGCUCGGCCACGUCCGGGGCGCUCAGAUGUUCGCGCCAAAACUGCACGGAUCGGCGGGCCUGAGCAACGCCGCCGCAGCAGCCGCCCUAUACUCGUCCAUGAGCGGGCUGCCAUCUCACCUGAACCCGUUCUGCAUGGAACGCGAACCGGCGCCCGAACAGAACGAGGCGCUCAGCUUGGUGGUGAUACCCAAAAAGAAACGGCAUAAGGUGACCGACACCCGGAUCACCCCGCGCGCCAUCAACCGCAUACUCACUCAAGACUCGUUUGAGAAAAUUAGAAUACGAUUUUUCCCUAACUGUUAUGUUUACUCGUCAACCCUGACACCGAUGCACUUGCGAAAAGCCAAGCUGAUGUUCUUCUGGGUCCGKUACCCGAGCUCGGCCAUCCUGAAGAUGUACUUCCCCGACAUCAAGUUCAACAAGAACAACACCGCACAACUAGUCAAGUGGUUCUCAAACUUCAGAGAGUUCUAUUACAUUCAGAUGGAGAAAUACGCGAGGCAAGCCGUCAGCGAGGGUUUGCAGAGAUCCGAAGACAUACACGUCAACAAGGACAGCGAGAUCUACAGGGUGCUCAACUUGCACUACAACCGCAACAACCACAUUGAGGCACCUAGCAAUUUCGAGUAUGUGGUCCAGCAAACGUUGCGCGAAUUUUUCGUGGCCAUCCAGAACGGAAAGGACACGGAACAGUCGUGGAAAAAAUCCAUUUACAAGGUCAUCUCUCGCAUGGACGACACCGUCCCGGAGUACUUCAGGUCUCCGAACUUCCUCGAACAGCUCGAAUAAACGGUAUAUAAUAUUAUAUGUAUACAUCAUGUAUAUGUAUAUAUGUGUGUGUGUGUACGCACAAUAUAUAUAAUAUAUAUUUGUAUAUAUAAUACUACGUUAUAUACACGCAUUCGACAUCGCGUCUGUAAACUGUGCUUUUUUUUUUAAGAAAUUUAAUAAUUAUAUUAUCGUUUUCAAUGAGAAAAAUGAAAGCUCAAAACAUUGAGUUUUUGUGAUGGGUUAUAUUAUAUUCUAUAUUAUGCAUUGUUGUGUACAGUCAUUUUGAAAACAAAUUUUAUAAC